GAAAAAAAACAGUGGGAAACUGUGAAUUUGGGAUUACAUGGGUCGUAAUGGUUGUUGGAAUAUAUCUGAAUGCUAGACGGUUUAGCAGAGCAGAGACCAAAGCAACGGCUGGAUAACUGAGCACCGGGAGCGGGACAUCCUUCAGUCUUGGGACACUCCAGAAUCAAGCUCACCAUCUUCAUCCAAGACCCUAUUCUCAUGUGAACCGAACAAAUAAAUCUGCAGGAGUUAUCCUCUAAGUUGAGGAUCGGCCUCAUAGCUGAGGAAGUCCAGGUGUUUGAGCAUCAAGUCAGGUUAUACUGGCAGUCUGUGUGCUUCUCACCCACCAGCAUGUACACUGGACAGUGGAUACCUUAGCCAAAACAGAUCGUGGCUUCCCAAAGAUGACAAGGUGCUGGCAGGCCGCAACUACAAAAUGAUGGGAGGCAGUGAGACUGUAAGUGGGGACAAGGAUGGGGUCCACACCACUGCAAUACACGUCCCUAUCGGCUGGCAGAGGAGAGUGGAGGGCGGGCAGGUGAUCUAUGUCAGUCCCAGUGGCACUUCCCUAUCCUCUCUGGACGAGGUCAAGACCUAUCUGUUGAGUGAUGGCACCUGCAAAUGUGGUCUUGAGUGUCCACUCAUCAUCCAUAAGGUUUUCAACUUCACUGUGGGAGUGAAGGUGGAGCAGCACAGUCAGCCAUUAGGCAAAGCAGAGCAGGACAUGACCAAACUGUGUAACCACCGCAGGAAAGUGGUGGCGAUGGCUGCUCUGUGUCGAAGUAUGCAGGCCUCACAGCUGCCCUUUGCCAACCUUCAUCACCAAGAGAUGAGCAGUGGAGUGGACAGCCGCGAUCCAAAGCGAAUACUUGUGGAGCGGGAAGAAGAGGACCAUGGAAUUUACCAUCCCAAACUCUGUCCAGUUUCAGCUCGACCCCACAGCAACAUCCACCCAAACCCGUGUGCCAGCCCUAAAUCCACCCACCAGUUUAUCUACCCUUACAAUGGUUCUUCCCCUGUCCUUCACAUGGGCACAAACUCUCACCAUCCCCUCGAAGCUUUAAGAAGGCUUCAUCAUCCUCCUCCUCUCCCUGUCCCCUCCAGUUCUCCCUCCAGCUCCUCAUUCCCAGCUUACAGCGCUGCCCAGAGGUCACCCCGCACCCCCACCCCUCAGAACACCAGUCAAGGUCAAAGAACACCCAAAUCCCCGGAGACUCCAGGUUCUCCUCGGCUAGGGCCCCUCUCUUCACCUCCUCCCUCUUCCCCUAUGACCAUAAGUGGAGGAGGAAGAGGAGCUCAGACUCAUGCUCAUCAUCCUCAUGGUGUCAUUGUGGACUCCCCCCUCUCUCCAUCUCCCUCCCUCUCUCCCUCGGUCCAGAACAUGAACUGUGGGUCUCCUCACCAGCGGUCCCGCCACCCUUCAGCCUCUCCUUCCCCUCUCUCUGAUCAGGGAGGAGGCUCAACAGCAGCAGCAGGAGGAGGACUGAUGGGAAGUAACUUGUCUCAGAGGAGGAAAUCCACCUCUUCCUCUCCACACUCCCCUCUCUCUGGUGGCUCCCCAUCCCCCCACUUCCCCAAGUACAAGCUUGAAGACAUCUUGGAGCAGUUUAAGAACUCAGGCAAUGGCAGCACUAAUAACCACCAUCUCCUUAUCCCUACUAACCCCUCCUUACUGACCAACCAAAGCAGUAGCAACCAUCAUGCUCUCUCAUUGAAGUCCUCAAAGAGUACCACGAGUCUGACUUCCAGCUCAGGACCACCAACGUUUGAGUUGAACUCUGCAGGGCCUUCUGGUUUGUCUUUGGGGCCAUUCCUGAACCACCACCACAGCCAUCAGAGCAAGCUGCCACACCCAACUUCUUUCCCUGCAAGUAGCCUGCUCUCUGCAGCUGCCAAGGCUCAGCUGGCUAGCCAGAUAACCCAGGGCCAGAGCUCAAAUGUGGCCAGCAACCCGGUGAGCUUGCCCUCUUCUCUGGAGGUCUUGAAAGAGGCACAGCAGCAAGUGUCAUCAAAGGUAACAAACAGCACUUUACAUAACAGCCACCCUCCCUCCUCCAUCGCUACUACUAGACCUCCCCAUUCCUCCCUUGCAUCAGCCUCCUCUGUCCUCUUUCCUCCAUCCCAGUCUCUGGCCCAGUCCCUGGCCUCCUCCUUGCCCCACCUGCCUCCCGCAGCAGAGCGCAAUGCAUCUCACAGGAAGAGGCAACGGCGAUCUCCCACAGUGCUCAGCAUGCUAAGAGACACCCAGCAGCUGGCUAAUGGGCCCCGGAAGACCCCACCAGGAGAAGCUGUUUCUGCUACUGCUAUCAAUCUAUCCUCUUCUUCCCCUUCCUUCCCCUCCUCCUCCUCACACUCCUCCUCUACCUCAGCUGUGCAGAACCAGAAUGCUGUCAUGUUAGAAAACCAUCAACAUCUUCUCCCUGGGCAGACACCAAGGCUCCCUGCUCCCCAGAAGAUAGCACACCUUUCCCGGCCUCCUCGGCAAUACGAGGCUCUGGAUUUCACUACACACUUGACACCUACACCUCUUGGCUUGGAUCCUCCAACCCAGCCUCUGUCUGCUCUGUUACACCUGCUCAGUGUUCAGAAUGCACAGGCCACAGCCUCAGCAUCCAACUCUGCUUCAGCUCAGUCAGGAUCUGUGUCUAUAGAAGGAGGUGGACACACUAAUAAACAAAGCCCGAGACUGUCGCCCUCUUCUCCUGCCCCUCAUUCUAAUGUCAGGCACCGACAGACUCAGUCACCGUGCCGAACCAGUAACACUAAUCCUCUACCCUCGGUGCCACAGCCGCUCUCCCCCCCUCCACCUUCCUCUCAUUUCAAAUCAGUGCAGUCUCCAUCACAUCCUCAGUCUACUAAAUCCAGUCCUCUACAUAGACAUUCUCCUUCUUCUACACUGCUGCCCAACUCAAAUUUAGCUUUACACAACAGCAGCAGUCCUCCUCAGCACACGUCCCCAACUUCUUCAGACAAGCAUCAACCAACUGAGAAUGACAUUCCUAUGAUAGACUCUGUUUCCCAGGCACCAUUGCAGGAAGCCUCACCACAGGACACUGUGGCAAGGGAGCAUGGUAGUAACAGCAUAUCUACAUCAGUGGACCUGAGUCAUUCUCAAGGCAGUGUUUCUGUGGCGAUAUCCAGCUCCCCGAAGCCUCUUGAUCUUAGCAACCAUGUCCUGGCCCUCCUUGCAGCAUCUUCCACUGUGCCCCAGGGAGAGGGCUGCUCCUCCGACCGUACCACUGAUGUUGUGAUGUCUUCCCAAGGAAAUCCCACUGCAGGACCAGAGGAGACUAGAUGUGUGGACCCGAAGGUCUCCAUAGUGACCAAACCUCUGCCAGCCACCAGCCCUGGUCCCACUAUCUCCUCUCGUCUUGGGGACAAUCACAGUCCUAAUACAUCUUCAGCUGUGGGCGACUCAACCACUCCCUUACCUUUGGCAGAGGCCUUCCCCUUCAUGAACCAAGAGCAGCUGCUUCAGCUGCUGUCAUCCACAGGAGGUCUUCCGUCUCUCCUGGACCCUACAGUCUUGGCUUCGUUGCCCCUAGGGGGGCUGUGGUUAGGAGGACAACAUGCACAGAUACCCCCUGCCAGUGCCACACCACAGAAUCUUGCAGAGCAGCAGCAGUCAGAGCAGCAGCAGCAGCAGCAGCAUUUACUGAUACAACAAGAGACACAGCAGCAAAACCAGGAUCAACAACAGAAGCAACAACAGAUAAACAAUAAUCCUCUGUUUCCCUUGUUGCCCUUGUUGAGUGGUGCUCAAGGGGAGCUGCCUCUGAACCUUUUGGGCCUGCUGAACCCGCUCCCAGCCCCAGCCACAACCCCUACUCCAGGACAGGAGGCUGAUUUAGGGCUAACAGAAAAACCUAGCCUUCAGGCUCUGCUCAUGGCGUCCUUGUUGCUCGGGCAACAGCAGGCCCCUUUAUUACCUCUAUCUGGGCUGGGUCAGUUGAGCCAGGUCAGCCUGGAAGUUCCUCUACAGCAGCCACAGCAGAUCCCCACCACACUGGAGGGUCUCACUCUGGAUAAAACCUCUGGCCUACUGGAUCCAUCAACCCUACCUGGCCCCGGGCUCUUGGAGGUUGCCCAGGGCCUCCUUUCCAUCCCUCCAGGAGCUGAGGGCUCUAUCCAAGCCCUGCAGUCUCUGCUCCUUCCUGCCACUAUUCCUCCUCCCCCCGCAGCCUUCCUGCCUCUCAGCCCUGCCUUGCUCACUGCUGCCCUGAGCUCUGCCGAGCUCCACCCACCUCCCCACACCCAUUUAGCUCCUGCACAGCAAACCCAACAUACCCAACCUCAGGUAUCUACUGAUGCUGGUGUUGACACCCUCAUCCCCCUAUCUCUCCAAGGCAAGGACAACCCCAUCCUCCAACAGUUACUUCCCACUUUGCUUAACCCUGCUGUAUUAGGAGAUCUUUCCGCCAUCACAGGCCUCCAUAACAUGUUGGGGAUUGGAGCAGGUUCCAUCCUCCUACCCCCAGUCCAGACCUCUGCUUUGGGCAUGCCUCUGCUGCAGGGUCCUGAUGGAGCCAUCAACUUGCUCAACAACAUACAGCUAAACCUUGCACCACCCUCUGAAGGAGAGAAGCCAGUCUCAUUGCAGGGCACACAAAGCCCUGUCCCGCAGGAAGACAUUCCAGCUAGUCAGAUCGCUUCCGAGGUAGUUCCUAGUCCUGUUCCAGCUCCAGCCCCAGCCCCUGCCCAAGAGCCCAGCCCACCCCCACCCCCACAUCGAAUAUCUGAGGGAAGGUCUGUUAUUGAUCCUUACACCUCUUUCAUGGACACGAUUUAUACCUCCUUCCUUCAAGUCAGUGCUAAAGAGCAAGAAGACAGGGCCCACUUGGGGCCAUCUGACCCCACUUCACCCUUCUGUGCCUUACCGCCGGUUUCAUUCCCUGUGGAGCACCAUACCCCGUCCACCCCUGUCCCAACCCUGCCCCAGGCAAGUGCCCCAGUCUCCCUCAGCCCACGUCGGGCCUGUUCCCUCCGCAACCCAGACUUAUCCCGACUCAACCUGGAAGCAGCAGCCCAUUCCCCAGCACAAGGGACCCCCAAACCCACUGAGGACGGUUCUACGCCACCCUUGCAAAGGAAACCGGUCAUGGUAGAGGGACAUACUCACCCAGAGCCUCCCUUGCCACCCAUAUACUUGGAGGAGGCUAAGACAGACUGUACUGGGCCUGCUGCCGCUGUGUGCCCCUAUGUGGAGGCAGGGGUGGAUAGGCAGGGGCAUCUUCCCCAUGCGGGGUACCUCAGUCCCAGGGAUGGAUGCAGUGGGAGGCCCAGUGAGGAAACAGCUGGGACAUUGCUGCCCACUGAACAGGGAAGGGAUCAAGCAGGAGCAGUGAGUGGAACCAGAAGAGGAAGGAAAAGGAAACAAACGCUACAGAAUGUGUUAGAAGACUUCAGAGACAUGGAUGCUACAGCACUAGAGGAAACCAAGGCUACGACAACACUGCUGAAGCCUGAGAGGUCAGUCCGCGGCAGGAGGCGACGAGGCGCCAGGUCACAGAGGCAGUGAUUGAUUGGUGGAGGGAGCUGUAAGUCAGAGCUGUUCACCAAUCAAAGGCGGCCAGACGCCUCUUUUCCCCCCUCCAUCUCUCCACCAACAUCACCACUGUUUAGACCUUUCUUUUUUUCAAUUCAGCUGCACUAAUAUUAUGCUGUUGUCAUGUCAACCGUUGUAAUGGCAACCACUAUGAAAAAACACAUAGGAGAGAGAUCUAGUCUGAGACAUUAAUUUAUAAAAAGUGAAAAAAAAAUGAAGAUAAAUUUUGUCCAUACUUUUUCACUUAGGUCUUCUCUUAGGUCUAGUUCACAAAUCUGAUCUGUUAAUUAUGGUUGGUGUUAGAAUUAUAUCAAUGAGAAAACAUAAAAAAAACUAAGAAGAGAAAUGUUUUCUUCUCAUCAGCGUGUAACUGUGAGUCAGGAUAAAGCCCAUCUACUUGAACGAUGCUAUCUGUUGAAAGUUUGUCUGUACAUGUGUGGGUGUGUGUGUCCUUUUAUGUGUCUGAGCGUGUGUUGGACAACAGUGCGAUUGCUGAGCCCCUCAGUGUCCGACCGUUAGUUGAAUUUAUUUUAAUUUUAGUAAACGGGACCCUGUCUGUAAGAUAAAGGGCUCUUUGCAGAAACACAAAGCAGUUGUAUUUCAACGAAAUGUUCUUAAAGGUUUUCGGAGGUGAUGAAAGGGAGUAUAAGAAGGAACAGACUUGAUUUUUUUCACAACAACCGUUAUAUGGGACAAGCAAAGGAAAUAAUGUAGUUCACUGCAUCAGGUUUCUUCACUAGCAGUUCAGAAAAACUGAAAAAAAACUGCAUUUCACAUGCUGUGUCAUUUGGUGCUGUGAAGAAUUACAUGUAGCUGUGGUGUGUUGGAGUCUAUUUAAUAUCUUUUCACCUAACACCCACCAAAACUUCCACCCCCCUCCAGCCAUGAGAUAUAGUAAGUGUCUGGAAAAAGUGUUGAAUUAUGAAAUGGAACUUUUGCAGGAAUCCAGAGUUAAUACAAAGUAUAGUACAGUAUGUCCUUUGAUUGGUUGAACGAAUGGCUGGAAAACUUAAACACAGAGAGUGAUUUUGUCUUACGUGGAUCUGUUGAGUCCGUGUGUUACUGUGGAUUUGGAGUUAAUAUCCCCUCUCUGUCUCCUCAUAUCACUGUUUGAGCUCUCCUCCACACACUGCCCUGCCCCAAGAGUACUGGCAUCUCUAGCUGUAUUUAAAAAAAAAAAUAAAAAAAGAAUAAAGAAAAGUGAAAAAGAAAG